AAGUUGUCAAUGAUUCACCGCCGCGGACGAUGCCGGAAAAGCUCCAGUUUUUGCUCCGGCUCUUCUCAGUGGGGACGAUGAGACGCGAUCUCUGCUCCGAACUCCUCUGCUUAAUCUCAUUAUGUGUCGCGGUGACGGUGCAAAGCGGGGACGUCGGAUCAGCCGGCAGGUUUGCCCGGAGUUCAGGCUCCGCUCCGGCCCCUGUGGACUGUCAGCUCGGCCAGUGGUCUCAAUGGUCUCCAUGUUUUCCAUGCCAAGGUACCAAACACAGGUACCGGGCCCUGGCACAGCCGGCCAAAUACGACGGAAGGAUCUGCAUCGGGAAUCUGUGGGAGUCAAUGAUCUGCAAAUCCUCCGAGAAAUGUGUCCCGGACAAUAAGUGCGGAAACGAUUUUCAGUGUGAGGAAACUGGUCGCUGUAUAAAGAGACAGCUGGUUUGCAAUGGAGAGGCAGACUGCAGGGAUGAGUCCGACGAGAGGGACUGCGAGCCCCAGGAAGAUGAGAGGUUCUGCAGGCAGCUGUUUCCAAUACCCGGAGCUGAGAGAGCUGUCAGAGGGUUUAACAUCCUGACGCAGGAAGAAGCGCAGAAUGUCCUGGAUCACAGAUACUUUGGAGGUCAAUGUGAAUACGUCUAUAACGGUGAAUGGAGGGAACUGAGAUACGACCCGACCUGUGAGCAGAUGUAUUACGCCGCCGAUGAGAAGUACUUCAGAAAACCCUACAACUUCCAUGUCUAUCAGUUCCUUGCCCGGGCAGACACUGGGAUGUCUUAUGAGGUGUACGACGACUCCAAGGAUCUGCUCGAUGCUAUAAGGAAAGAAAGUUCCUCUGCCUUAGGGUUCAGCUUCAAUAUAAAAGCCGCAGAGAGUCCGGUGGGAGUAGAGUUCGGAAUCAACUCCGAGAGUAAAAGUGAUUUCCUGAAAAAUAUAUCUUCAUAUACUGAAAAGAACCUGCAGUUUGUUCGAUUUCUCACUGAGGUUCAGACGGCUCGUUUCCGGAUAAGAAGGAAUUCUCUGGUGUUGGAUGAGGACAUGUUAAUGUCACUGAUGGAGCUUCCUGAUACUUACAGCUACGGCCUCUAUGCCAGGUUCAUUACUGACUAUGGCACUCACUUUGUCACCUCUGGCACCAUGGGUGGCAUCAUGGACAACGUCCUUGUAUUGGAUAAAGAAGUCAUGAAAAAACAAGAUGUUACGUAUUCCAUGUUGUAUGACUGUUUUGGCGGCUAUAUUAGUGGAACCGGCGUAUCUGAUGAUGGACAAGUCGAGGGAUCAUUUAAGAUACAAGCGAAAAACUGUGAAAGACUUGAAAGCAAAUUUACUGAACGUCAUGGAAGCGAGAGUGUAAUAAAGGAUAUCAUCACUCAUAUAAAAGGAGGAGACACAGGAUCAGCCGGGGGGCUGCUUAAUGUAAUCAGGGGCGACACCUAUCGCUUUUGGGGAAGAUCCCUGAAAUAUAAUCCAGCUGUGAUUAAUUUUGAGCUCCAGCCGAUACACGAAGGUCUGCAGUUAACAGGUCUGUCUGGGAUUGAGAUGAGGAGGCAGAACCUGAAAAGAGCCUACGACGACUUCCUGAGCGAGUUUAACUCGUGCCGCUGUGGCCCCUGUCACAAUAACGGGGAGCCCAUAUUAAACAAUAAUGUGUGCAGCUGCCUGUGUCCUGCGGGGUACGAGGGCCCAUCAUGUGAGCAGACAUCACGACCAGAUAUAAAAGCAAAAGGAGGCUGGAGCUGCUGGUCCUCAUGGUCCACCUGUCAAUCUGGAAAGCGUCAAAGGACAAGGUCUUGCAACAAUCCACCUCCUAAAAAUGGUGGCAGUCGAUGCCUGGGGAGAAGCGUCCAGACUGAGUCCUGUUAAGAACCAGGGGUCUUAUAUUUUACACUUUUGCUGUGUUUCUGUCAAUCAUUCACUGACAGCCUGAGUCAAUGCGUGACCUUAUUGCUUAUUUAACAUUUGCACAAAAUUAAAGUCUUUUACGUUGUAUGUUAA